AAGAUGACAUUGCUGGAGCAACUGUGGAUUCUGGGUUCUGAUGGCCAACCACAACUGACACGUUGCUCACAUCACACUGACGACUCAACAAGUGCAGAACAAGAUAAGUUAUACGUGUCUGGAGGAGCUGCUGCAUGUUCCAAAUUCUGAUGCACAACCCAUGGCAGAAAAGCACUGUUCAGUCUCCCAAGGUCACAUGCUACAACCCAAAAGUAAAAAGAGGCUCCACGACGGAGGACACAGACACAGUGUGGUGGCAUUAACAGUAAACAAUCGUGUGGGCGAAGAAAUAAAUCCAUCUGAUGAUAUGUAAGCAGCAGCACUCACCCAAGCAUGAUUCUUGUUCGCAUCCAUUGACACCCCUCACAAGCCAACCUAAUAAGCUCGCUGGGUUGCUGCAAAUCCUCUCUCUCUCUCUCUCUCUCUCUCUCUCUCUGUGUGUGCUGCUGCUGCUGCUGCUGUAGAAAUGGCUACUUUCCUGCUCCUCGUGCUCGCCGUCGCCAUGUCUAGUGGUUCAGAUGCUGCUUGGUGUGUGUGCCGAUCUGAUAUGAGCAACACUGCUCUGCAAAAGGCACUGGACUAUGCUUGUGGAGCUGGGGCUGACUGCACUCCUAUCAUUCAGAAUGGGGCAUGCUACAACCCCAACACAGUGCUCGCCCACUGCUCUUACGCUGCCAAUAGCUAUUACCAGAGGAAGGGUCAGGCCCAAGGAGCCUGUGACUUUGCAGGCACUGCCUCUCUUACAUCAACAGAUCCAGGGGGGAAUGGUUGCACAUACCCUGCGACUUCCAGUGUUGCAGGAACUUCCGGCACUCCAACAACCACCACCCCAACGAGCAGCACCCCCGCAAUCGGCACUCCGACAAGCACAAGCACCACUCCCCCAACCACGACGACGACUCCUACAACCUUCAGCCCUCCAACCACAGGCGCCACCCCCACGGGGACCGGAGGGGUGCUGGGAGGACUGGGCCCCACUGGUACAACCAGUAGCAUUGAUGGUAGUGAUGGGGGCUUGCUCCCAGGGGCUGAGGUGGCCUCACUCCUAUCAACUCUCUUUCUCUCGUCCGUGUUCCUGUUGAGGUUAUGAGUUCACACUUGUAGUAGGCUGUCUGAAAUCACAUCUUUCGAGGAAUUGAAAGCAUAUCGAUGAGCAGAUGAGGGUCCACAAGUCAUGUGAUGAACAUAGGUGGCCAACGAGGGAUCCAUCUACAGACGUUCCCCCCACCAGUGUUUUGUUGUUUAGUGGCAACAAAAGUGGGGCUUUGAUUCCCUCUUUUAUGCUCUUUUUCUUUUCAUCGAACUUAGUCCUUCUAUCUCUCUCUCUCUCUCUCUCUCUUAAGUGAUCCAGGGAGGCAAUGAUUCAUUGUAUCAUAUGUGUUGAUGAGGCUGCCAUACCUCCCUUUUAGUUUAAUGUCUAAUCUACAUGGGUUGUAUCUAUCUGCAUGGAGCAAUUCUUU